CCCCCCCCCCCCUUUCUAUCCCCGGAUUUGCUGCAUAUUCCUCGGGUGUCUCCUUUAACUGUGCCCUCCACCCUUGCUGCUUCUAUUGCCUCAGCUUUUCCCCACCUUACCCCACCUCCCUGCCUGUGCGGGUGUCUAGGAGUCGGGCCCUUGGGGGGGUGGAGGGAUCGUGCAUCGCUGAGGGAGCUGUGCGGAAUUAGCUAUGCCCUGCCCAGGCAUCCUUUGACCGGCUGGAUUUCUCUUUUUCUGUCCGCCUGCGCACCAGAAGGGCAACGUAGGAUGAAAAUCUGCAAUCAUGAUGCAAGGACUGAAAAACCGAACAAGGAAAGCCCUGGGCUUGCGAAAGAAAGACAAGGAUACAGACACAACGAGUUCACCUGACAAAGAAGGAAGUGGAAGCAGUAAGAAAGGAAGUAAAAAGGCGAAUGGAGCACCAAACGGGUUCUACGGGGAGAUUGACUGGGACAGAUAUGCGUCUCCUGACGUGGAUGAGGAGGGCUUCAGCCUCCGGCCUGGCGACGAGUCUGAUGCAGCGUCCAAAGGAAAGCAGUUUUUCUCCUCCAGUGACUCUGAGGAUGACGAGGACGACAGCAAGAAAAAAUUCAAAAUCAAGAUCAAACCUCUGGUGUCGGACAGCGCCAAGUGUGUCCCUCCAUCCAUGGACGAGCUGAAAGCCUCAGUGGGAGGCCUGGCGCUGUCUCCAUCUCUGAGGAGAAGUCCGAGACGCAGCCCGGGGCAGAUAAAAAGAAAUUUGUCCUGUGAAGAGAUUGCCAGACCCAGACGCUCCACACCUACUCCAAGUCCUGCACCUGAGACGCCAAGUGACCGGCUAUCACAGAACGUUCCUGCCUUUUUUGGGCUGCCUUCAGAGACCAAAUAUGCCAGAUAUGAUGUGGUCCAUACAGAAGUUUGGGUAGAGUCUCGACAUCGAUCAGAAUCACCGCUGAGCAGAAGUUACCAAACAGGAGCUCCUCCUCCUCUUCCUCCAAAAAACAUUCCAUCAAGAAGUCAUUACGGCUGUCCCUCAGACUUUGUUGCUGAUCUACCCAAUGGAAGAGCAGCUCGUAGCUCUGCCCCAAUCUACCUGAACGUCCUGUCCCCCGCCUCCUACCGAGGCUCACCUGCCCCCGACCUGGACGAUGUGUUUGGCCCCUCGGACAGCCCCCGCACCAGCGAGGAAUACGUUUCACCUCGAUGGGUUACUUUCACUGACGACAGACCUCCGCCGCCUGAUGAACUCCCUCCCCCGCCACCACCUGACUCCCCUGCCCCUGACACACCCUCCUCCACACCAUCCACCCCCUGCCUCUCCCCAGGACCACCUCCAGACGAGCCCCCACCUUCCCCUCCGCCUUUUUCUCCUGGGUCUCCUCCUCCUCCUUUCUCACCCCCAGACUCACCCCCCUUCAUAGUACUCGGACCUCCUCCUCCAGAUGAACCGGCCCCUCCCCUCCCUCCAGACUUUUCCCCCUCUAUCUCACCUCCUCUGUGCCUCGACGAGGACGCCAUCGAUGAGGAGGUGCUGCAGUUUGCAGCGUACUGUUCGUCCCCGGCCCCAAUCAGCCCUGUGCCUCCUCUGCCUGCAGAGCGACGGUCUCCUCGGGCAGGGGGGACAUCUCCUCUGGUACUGGGGGGUGUGGGGGGAAAGAGGACUCCAGAAGGAGUGUACCUGAGAGACGAUAUCCCUGACUUUGUGGGUUCGCCCAGAGAAUUAACACCGAGCUUCAGGGGCACACCGCCUCCUCUUCCUCCAACCACUUACAGGUCCAUCAUGUCUUCCCCGGGGCCGGGCUCGGGCAGCAGCCCCUCAUCGCCAGCUCGUCCUGCCACUCCUCAGUCUCGAGGCAGUCCAGUCCCUCCUCCUCCUCCUCCUCGACCUUCGUCACGACCAAAGCUGCCGCCGGGGAAACCAAUCACAGACCUGUCUCGGCCCUUCAGUCCUCCGGUUUCAGGCAGCCCCCCACCUUUCGCCCCUUUGGCCCGUGCGGAGAGCUCCUCCUCCAUCUCUUCUAUCACCAUGCAGAGUGCAGCGUCUACUCCAACAUUAGGAAAAGAGCUUAACACACCCACCACAGGAUGCUCCAGAGGGCCCAGUCCGCUCACCAUGGGACCUCAGGACACUCUGCCUGUGGCUGCAGCCUUCACAGAAACCAUCAAUGCCUACUUCAAAGGCGCAGACCCCAGCAAAUGUGCUGUGAAGAUCACAGGAGAGAUGGUGCUGUCCUUCCCUGCGGGUAUCACGAGACAUUUUGCCAGCCAUCCGACUCAGCCCAUCCUCACCUUCAGCAUCAGCAACUACAACCGACUGGAACAGGUCCUCCCUAACCCACAGCUGCUGUGCUGUGAUUCCACAGCAAACAAUGCAGACACAAAGGAGUUCUGGGUAAAUAUGCCAAACCUCAUGAGCCAUCUGAAAAAAGUGGCUGAACAGAAGCCUCAGGCGACGUACUACAACGUGGACAUGAUUAAGUAUCAGGUGUCAUCGGAGGGAAUCCAGUCCACUCCUCUGAACUUGGCAUUGAGUUGGCGAGGCGAUGCCAACAACACGGACCUUAGAAUAGACUACAAAUACAACACAGAGGCCAUGGCCGCCCCCAUGCCACUACACGACAUCAACUUCCUGGUUCCUGUGGAUGGAGUCAUGGCCACAGUACAGGCCAUGAUCCCCCCUGCUACCUGGAAUCCAGAUCAGCAAACAAUACAGUGGAAAAUCCCCAGCCUCUCUCCUCGAUCUGAAAAUGGAGGAGUCGGGGCUCUUUUGGGCCGGUUCCAGAUGACUGAAGGUUCCUUUAAAUCCUCACAACUGUCAGUCCAGUUCACCAGUGAGGGCAGCACUCUCUCAGGGUGCGACAUCCAGCUGGUCGGGACGGGCUACCGGCUCUCUCUGAUCAAGAAGAGAUUUGCUGCAGGGAAAUAUCUGGCGGACAAUUAGUGGACCUGUUUGUGCACGGAACAAUAAGAAUCAACGGCUUCUGACUGUGAAGACGACGGAUCCAUCCCAUGUUUAGAGAAUAUGAAACUUUAUCUUAAGCAGCCAUUAGAUGUAAUGAUGAGAUUUUUCAGAACAACAGAUCACACACACACACACAGUUAAUAUCAUAUUCAGUAGAGUGACUGCUGCUGAGUUUAUGCAAGUAAAAACAAAUCAUUACUCUGUGCACUUGGAACACUUAUGGGCUUACAUGGAGAACAAUAUAAGGACACUCUGAUUCUUUUUUUUUCGUUGACAUAUUUGUGGAUUCAUACAGUGAUCCAGCCUUAUACAUUGCAAUUUCUUUUGUCUUACCUGUUGUCAUCGCAAUGCACUGUAAAAAAGAAAAUGUGAAUAUAUUAUAUAAAUCAAAACAAUCUUAAACAAGGUGGAAAAGAAUGGAAAAUGUAAAAAAGUUAACAUAGGGUUGCUUUAGAGUUUAAUUUAAAUAGGUUUAAGGUUACAUGGUAAAAUCUGAUUUACACUGCCACCUCAAAUCAGAUUUGUUUUCUACCAUGAGACAUCAUUCUUAAUGACUUAGAAAUUACUUUCAUGUAGUCAGCCUUUGAAACGCCACAGCCCAUUGUUUCAGUCUUGUGAUUAAAGGUGACUGGUCCGUUCACAGUACAAAAUGACCCACAGCACUAGACUAUAAUAUCAGUACUCUGAGGUGCUUUAGAUAGAAUUAUAUGUGAGCCUCUGUCUUAAUGGAUUUGGAGCAGAGUAAAACCUUUUUUAAGUACAUUGACUAUAUUUUGUAGAUAAAUUAUAACCAUACAAAGAAAACUACUAAUUUAUAACCUUCCUUGCUCAGUUUCACUCAUCUUUCUCCAAUUUAAUGCAAGUUUUAAAUGUACGUUUAAAAUCUUAAUCUUUUAUCAAUAUUUUUAUUUUAACACAUGGUUUUAUCACUUGAUCAAUCAUCAUGACAUUCCUCUUAGAAACAACAGGCAGCUUUUUCACUGAGGAAGCUUAAACAAAACCACCCAAUGUUCUUAACAAGCCUAGCACCAAGCUGAUAUCUAAGCUAGCAAUUAGCCAUAACAAAGUGGAUCUAAUAGCAGCUUGGAAGGCAGAUUUUUUUUCUAUAGGGAGUUGAUAAAGACUAUUCAAACAAAUAUAGAAGUAGAGAAUAUAUUGGACAGAAACAUGACUCCAAAUGAAUGCUAACAUUGUGUAUCAUCUGGAAGCGCUAAUUUGUGUUAGUGUCAGUGUUGUAGCCUUAUCAGUGUGUUUGGGCUGGCCCACGGUGGCCAAAAAAUAUUAGUGAUGUCGGCUAAAAAUAUCAAUAAGACCUUCAAGUUCUGUAUCAAAUAAUUAUGUGUUCAAGUUACUGUCCAGGUUUAGGGUUAAGAAUCUAUAUGUUUAGCUUAAAAUUACCUAAUUAGCCUAAAAGCAGCGAAUCAUGCAGGCAUUUGUUAGCUAGCUUAGACAGCUUGUCUGAAAGCUAAUCAAGUACAAACUAACCUUUAUACAGUUUCAAAAUAGUACAUCAAAAGAGACACACAACACAUUUUCUAAUUUGUAUUCAGUGUGUAUUUUUUAAUGGGUGGCUGUGGUGUGGCUACUUACUUCUUAAGCUACCUACUUUGCAGAUAUGUUCAUUUUUGUGUUAUUUGGGUGUUAGCAAACAUGCUAAUACAUUUAGUGAGAAUUUGCUCAAAUCAACUUAUUUUAAUUGAUAUUAAUUUAUCAACAAAAUCAGAUCUUUGUACUUGCUCAAAUGUUCCCAUCAUGCUAUCAGGGUUGACGCACAUAAAAAUGCUAAACUUUAACCAUUAACUCUGAUGGCAUUUUGCUGCUAAUGGUUCAUGUGAACAGAGGAUUGAAACUGAACAUGACCUGCUGGAGAACAAAAUCAUUACACAUUACAUACAAGUGUGGGCACGUGCAAUGCUGAGAUUCAUCAAUUCCUCCACGUCACAGGGCUAAAGGGAUGUUUGUAGUGAUGUGUGGAUGGUCAUAUACUGAUGAGGGGAUACCUUUGUGACUAACAGAAGCUGCUACUUUCAGUUGAACAGUUGAUUUAAACUGUUAUUGUUACAGAUUUUUUAAGUUUAAAGGGCCUUAAGAUGUGAGUAGAUAUAGAGCCAGAUGUGAGUGCCAUAUGGUGGUAAAAGGAGCUUUAAGUUUCAGGAGAAAUUUAGAUGGGACCUGAGUUAGAGGAUAGAAGGAAUUGCCUUUGACUGUUCUUAAAAAGUCGGCUAAUUUCUUUGAUCAUGACCUUUGAUAGAGGUGUUAUAGAGUAUUAAUGGGGAUAUCACAGAGUUAUAAAAGAAACAUCCAUCAAGAAGUAAGCACUAUUCAUGUCCCUGAUUAUUUUCUUCCUUUUCCACCAUGUUGAAAAAAUGUUUUAUCAUUUUCUAAUAGCAAUAUUUAAAAACUAAAAUGUAAAAAGUGUAUAUAUAAAAAAAAGCUAUGUUUCAAAUAUUUCUCUGGGCAUAUGGAUGUGUCUGUGAUUGUCUCUUGGUUUAUUGAUGUCAGCACUCAUAAUGCAUUUGGUUCUAUGUGAUAACACCACUUUUCACCUAUGGUUUUACAUGUGGGUUUCCUGUAAAAAAAAAAAAAAAAAAUCAAGUGUUACUGUUGAUGAAUAACUCCAAACGGUGCCGCAUGAAAUCUGCAUUUGUCCAUCACAGAUCUUAUCAAUGCAAUACUAACUUAUUCAUCCCAAUAUGGUCAUGAUACAUGUUAUUGUAUACGUGUGCUAUGAGAGGAGACUUUCUGCCUUCACUUGAACCUCCACUCUCUGUUUUGCUGUUGUUGCACCUUCAGAAACCCAUUGUCGAUCAAUUUGGCAUGUAUCCAUUGAUAUACCCAUAACAUGCAUCUGAUAUAGGUGUUUGACAUUCUCCUGUGUUUGACUUUCACUCAAAACACACCAUAAAUUUCAUCAAUAAAAAAAUGUAAUUGCUUCACAUACACAUGUUAAACAUCACAUUUCAUAGAAUGUUUUAAUGUGUUGACUCACAGUUUUGGCCUGGGUGUAUAAUAUUUCAUUAGGUUUUUGGAAAAAUAAAUAAACAUGUUUUUUUGUUAUGAAGUACAACAAUGUUUCUUUUUAUAAUGCUUAUCUUUUUCUUUGCCUUAUAUUUGAGCAAACACCAAGUCCUCCAAUAUCGGAGGGUUUCUGUAAGUUUUUUUUUCUGUAAGUUUAUUUUUUCUACAACGUUUUGUCUUUAUUCCUUUCACUGUGUUAGACACAGAAUAUGCAAAUAUUUCAUGUAAAUUUCCCAUCCAAAGAUUUUGAAAGUAAAUAUAUGAAAAGAAUCAAUAUAAUGUAAUACCUGUUUUACUUGGUAAUAAAGAAGAGGAAAGAUGA